CGACGUAGACAAAUACAUGUGAGGUUUGCUUUAGCCACUUGUCGGAGUGAAGCGACCAUCCCCAUACGGCUCACUUUGGGUUUCAUUGUUGAUCACGCAUCAUACGGCGGUUUCUAAUCGAUCUGUUGCGAAACCUGCAUGAAAUAAAAUCUGUCAGAAAGUGGCAAUGUGGAAUACGUUCUUGUCGUUGUUUAAUGGUGGAGUGAGAGCAUACAAAGUCCAGAGUGCAGACCGUGGAACGAGAGUUGGGGUAACAGCGAGGUCGCUAGAAGAUCUGGUGCGAAAAGGCCGCGAGAAACUAAAGAUUGCAGACAAUGAGACUGUCACUGUGGUGAUUGAAGAUGAUGGAACUGAGGUGGACAACGAAGGAUUUUUUAAGAAUCUACCACAACAGACUGUUUUUGUCUUUUUGCGCAAAGGAGAGCGAUGGAAAGGAGUAGGUGACCUAGUGUAUGAUGUUCUGAGUAAAUUUCAUGACAACAAACGCCGAGCUGAGCUGGCCAGUGAAAUUCGUGAAAUGCUGACAGACGAGUCUGCCCCUGAGAAGGUUAGCUUGAUGUCCCAGUAUCUGGACAUGCUUGAGACCCACGUGGAAGCAGAGCAACGAUAUGAGCAUGAAGACUGGUUUGAUGGUUUGAACAAGAAAUACAAAACAAAGAGCGAUGUGAUGCGAAAUUCAGCCCAGCAGAGGAUCCGCAGUUAUUUUGUGACGGCUAAAGAACAGAUUCAGCGGGAGCGAGAUGAGAAGUCACGUGCUGAUCUUUUGGAGAUGAUGGAUGAGAUUUAUGUCAUCCUCAAAUCAAAUGACUUUCAUGCCUCAUAUUUUGAUCGUACAGCUAAGCCACAACAACGGAUGUGUGACAAGGAAGGUUGGUUUCGAUGUCGAGGUGCCUUUGAUGUGGAGUGCUGUCUGCGGUUGCACACCAUCAACCCUUAUGCCUCACGUGGAUAUCGCCUUCUUUUUGGCCUUUGGAACUUAGAUCACAUUGUAGAGAAAUCACGAGAGGUUAUGCCUACGCUCCUGGAAGCAGCACGCACAAAGAGACUUGGCUCAAAGCUGAACUGGCAUGAAGUCUAUCGCCUUCUGUUCACUCAAGACAACUUAAGGCUUGUACAUGUAGCAUGUCACAAGAAAGCUGCUCGCCUGGAGAAGACAUGUCAUGUGACUGACUUUAUAGUGCACUGACACCUGGACCACCUGGACAUCUGUCGCUGGCAGACAGUAUGACAUGGAAAGCAGCCGCUUUCUCUGUGUAGUAGCACCUGUAAAAAGGACCAACAGAUCUCUGAAGGCUCAGACAUCCAAAGAUAUCUACCUCAACAUACCCUGCUGACAUACCAUUAUCUGUGUAAAACAGCUUAUGUCUUGCUAGGUGUCCAAAUAUGAGUUCAUAUGACCAGGUCAGCCAUCAGUUACAAUGUUUGCAUGAGUCAACACAAAACCGUUUUUGGAAGCUCCAUAAUGUUGAAUUGAGGCUGACAUAGCACAACAGUUGGAUUAAAGGUGUUGCUUGCCGAAAAUGUUGGUAGCACCAUCUUGUGUGUGGAUGGUUUCCACAAUUCCAAUGACUUAUUUCAAGAAAACUGGGAUUUGGAAGCAAAAAGUAUAAAUUCUUAUAUUAUCUGUAUAUGUAGUUAAUAUAUGUAUAGUUUUACUAACAACUUAUACUAUUGUUUAUUUAAGAAUUUUAAUUGUAUGACACGUACAUGAAUUUUGACAGAAAAUUGUUUUUAUAUAUCUCGGUGUAUAUAUAUAUCGGUACUUACAUUUACAAACAAGAGAAACUGGAUGAUGUUGCAUUUAUAGGUGUACUUCCGUUUGCAAAGUACGAAAACUGCAUGGUGCUGUGUAUGCCAUGUAUGUUGCCAUGUAGAGACAAUGAAUCCUGUAUAUCAUGUUAAAAACAAAACAGAGCAUGUGGUGUGUAACUGUUCGACAAACCAGGUAACGUAUCACGACACUGGAAAGUAAAGAGGACAGCUUUAAAGGAUUCCAGAAAAAAAGAAUCAUGCAGCAUAUCAUGACUAAGAACAGAAACAGGCAGCACGUUAUGUCAUAGACGUCUUGUAAGGAUUGAGAGACACUGCAAUAUCCCCUUCUUGUGUCACUUCUUUUCAGUCAGCAGUUGAAACGGCCUAAAGAUCAUCCGCCUUUUGGAAUCAACAGAGCGAAAAUCUGUGUUCUGGGUUUUAGGCCAGGUUGGCAUCCAAGAAAAGUAUGGUGCACCUGCCAAAUGUGUUCUUAGCUUCUGCUGCUGCAACUGCCACAUUCCGUCCAGCAGCGCAACGCCAUUUAUCGGACUCUAUUACUUGUGGUUAGCAGUAUCACGGUUGCACCUUGACGACCAAAAGCCAUCUUCUCGUCUUUCCACAGCCGUCACCGUCUCAGUGUCCAACUCGAUACCAUUCCAUCCUCACACUCUAAUGACACAACUGUUAAACGGAGGACACUGCAAGUCGUGCAUAAGAAAAGUCUUUCUAUCCUGCCAUAGUUUUUAUUGAAUAUUUACAGCUGUUCCUAUAGCAUCUCCUGUUUACACUACACAUCUCAGCACGUACGAGUGUGUGUGCGUGUGCGCGUUUAGUCGGCGGGACUUGAGUUGCUGUUACAUAUACUUGUAUAAGAGCUUUAUCAUACAUCCUGUGUUUUCGUCUUGCAAACGAAUAAUAUGAAUUUUUUAGAUGA